AUGGCCCCCAAAGUCUUCAUCACAGGUACCACCGGCUAUAUCGGCGGAGAUGCCCUGUAUGCUCUUCACAAGGCUCACCCCGAUUGGGCCUACACCGCCUUGGUCCGAACCAAGGACAAGGGAAGCAAGCUUCAGCAGGCUUAUCCCAACGUCAACGUCGUCUACGGCGACCUUGACGACUAUGAUUUGAUCAAGCAGGAGGCCGCAAAGGCUGACAUUGUCGUCCACACGGCCGACUCGUCGGACCACGAGAUCGCCGCAAAGGCUAUCGCCGAGGGUCUUGCUAGCGGCCAUUCCAAGAACCAUCCAGGCUACUGGUUGCACGUCAGCGGCACCGGUAUUCUGUGCUUCGCCGAUGCUGAUGCCGACAGGUACGGCGAGGCCUCGGACAAGGUCUACGAUGAUCUCGACAAAGUAGAGGAGCUCACCGGACUGCCCGACCAUGCAUUCCACCGCAAUAUCGACAAGAUUGUGUUGGAAGCUGGUACCAAUGCCGCGGUGAAGACGGCCAUUCUCUGCCCUCCUACCAUCUAUGGUCCUGGAAGAGGCCCCAUUUCCGGUCGCAGCCGUCAGGUGUACGAGCUGGCCAAGAUCACGCUACAGCAGAAGAAGGCGCCCAUCAUCGGUGCCGGCAAGACGUACUGGAACAAUGUCCACGUCCACGACUUGAGCGACCUUUUUGUCCUUCUUGCCGACGCUGCUGCUGCCGGCCGCAAGGACGACAAGGAGCUGUGGGGUGAAAAGGGCUACUUCCUUGUGGAGAACGGCGAGCAUGUCUGGGGCGAGCUCUCGAAGCAGAUCGCUGCCGAGGCCGCUAAGGCUGGCUACAUUCCCGCUCCCGAGACUUUCUCACUCAACAAGGACGAGGCGUUCAAGUUGGCCGACUUCCAGGCUCUUAGCUGGGCUCUGAACUCCAGAGGCAAGGCGAGGAGGGCGAGGAAGUUCCUCGGCUGGAGCCCCAAGGCGCCGAGCCUUGAGCAGGAGCUGCCGAACAUUGUGAAGCUGGAGUACGAGCAGCUGCAGAAGGCUUGA